UUUACUAAAACUACGGAAUUUCGCUCGCUGUUUUUUGUAAAAUUUUACGAAAUUUGUAAAGAAAGAAAUUUUAAACAAACGCGUUUAUUUUGUAUUGAUUUUUACAGCAAACCUAACGAUUUUUACACAUUUCGAAACCGAAAGCGCUCAAUAAAACUAAACAAAGAUGCUGCGUAUACCGGGAAUGCCGUUUCUGCCAGGCACCACCUUUCGGGAUCUAUCUCGCACGAACUUCCCCAAGCCGCAGAGCCUUAUGAAUUUCCAGGGCAUCAGCAUGUUGAACGAUCGCCAACCACCCGCCAUGGUGGACGUUGGCGGUAUGUGCAUCGACAUUAACUGCCCACCGACAGCCACACCAUCACUCUAUCCGCCAAAGACUGGACCCAGACUGCCACCAUGGAUUGCUUACGAUAAGAAAGUACUCGGUUUCGAUGCGUUCUUUAAGGAGACGCUACACGAAGUCUACAAUGCGCCCUAUCAAGUGCGUAAAGUGAAGAUUAUGUAUUAUCUGGAAGAUGGCACCAUGCAAAUCAUUGAACCGAAAGUGGACAACUCCGGCAUACCGCAAGGCUGUCUGGUGCAUCGCCAACGCAUACCGAAGCCACCACCGUGCCAAAAUGAAUUCAUCUCGAUAUUGGACCUUAACGUCGAUACGAGCAUACAAAUAUUCGAUCGCAUUUAUCACAUUACAAAUUGUGACCUUUUUACGCGACAUUUCCUAAAUCGUUCGGGUAUAGCCGUACCAGAUCCCGUCGAUAUGCCAGUUGAUCCCACAACAGAAAUGCGUAAACGGUCGGCGAGAAAGAUGCAUAAUCAACCACCGAAGAAACAUUCAUUCGCACAAUUUUUGGCGUUCGAUCGGAAAGUGCUGAAAUUCCACGGCUACUGGGAUGAUCGUUCGGAGUUCGGCGAUGUACGUCGUUUAGAAAUAUGCUAUUAUUUGGCUGAUGAUACAAUGGAUAUAAAGGAAAUUUUUCCACGGAACUCGGGACGUGAAGGUCCAUCGCUCUUCCUGAAAAGAGGCAAACUCCCAAGGGAAUUCAAUGGACUUCCACUACCUGGGCAAGAGACGCCGCAAACGUUGUUGAAUGUGCUCGGUACGAGCAUGCGAAAUGUACGCUACACCAUUGAUCCACUGAACAUCGGCGAAAAAGAGGUGCUCUACUAUGCCGAUCGUGAUCUACAAAUCGGCACUGUGCUAAACGUGUACGGACGUGCCGUUGUGCUCACGGACUGUGAUGAAUACACACAAGAGUAUUAUAGAAAACGGUAUGGUAUUGAGAACUUUACAGCGGCACCGAUACCGUCACGUGGUGACGAUUGCGCGCCGAUUAAACAAAAAGAACGCAUACUGCCACCCUAUAAUGGCUGGGGUUCAUAUGAGGAUUCUGAGGGCAAUUGCAUCUCAGUCGAGCCCAAGCCGCCGCAGACUGAUUUUAAGAAAUUCAUCAAACUUGAUCGCUACGUGCUGCGAUUUGGUGCGAAACUGUUAUCGACCAUACGUGAGAAUUGUGAACGCAUUUUCAUCAUUUCGUAUUACCUAUCCGAUGAUACCAUACAAAUCUUUGAGAUUGCCGAACGCAAUUCCGGUUUCUUGGGCGGCGAAUUUAUGAAACGUACACGCAUACCACUGCCGGGCCAAGAGAAGUUCACCUCGAAGCGCCCACAAUACUAUCAGCCAUACAAUUUUUAUAUUGGCGCCACAAUGAGCCUCAAAGAUCAUAUCUUUCACAUUGUGUCCGCUGACGAGUAUACACUUAUUUACAUGGAGCAUCAUCCAUACGAGUAUCCAAUGGCCGAUAUUAAGUCAAUUAUGCUGAAAAUCCGCGAUGCGGCGAAGUCGGAUUAUAAGGGCUUCAUUUGCCGUUGCUUGCCGGACGGCGCUGAAUCCGUUAAGGAUGUGCAAUUCAUUGGUUUCGACUCGCUCAAGCGCGCACUUAUCAAUCUUUUGGCUGACGACAUCACCAAUCAUGAAAUCAUUACGGUUUGUCGCUACUUCUCAGCCGAGAAAGCACCGCCACAGGCAUGCAAUCGGGAGACGGUACGUGCUGCGGUACACUUGGAGUUGAAGCGUUCGCUAUGGAAUGCAAUGGACGAGUUGAAGGAACAUUUGCACCACAUAAAUCCGCUGAACAAACCCUUCCUCUCCGAGGCGAAAUUACGCUCCACAAUGAAGGGCUGUCGCCUACCCUUCAUACCGGAACUAAUUGACGAUCUACUGAGCGUAUUAAAUCACAAUGACUGCGGCGAGGUUGAGGUAUGCGAUUUCCUGAACUUCAUCGACAUGGGUUGCGGCAAAGUGCCUGACAUAGCACCAAUGAAUAUCAAUUUCGAACUAUGUCCCAAGAUACCGUUCCUACAUAAGGGACGUUUGGUGAAUAUCAGCUGCUUCCUGCAGUACUUGGGUUUGGAUGAGGAGGCAAAACCAAAGGAAGAACUGGCGAGUUAAGAUUCUAGACGCUUAAACUUAUUAAAACAGAGUUGCAUUGUAAUUUUCAUAAGAUUCAAAAUUUUUGUCAAUACAUUUUAUUUUCUACUCUCACACUUACACCACCAAAAUAAUAUAAUUAAAUGAAUGAACGCAUCUCGUUGGACGUAAAUCCUUUUGUAAAUGGCUGCAACGAAAAUAGUACAUAAGUUUUCUUAAUAUUAAGUUGCUACGCAGUUUGUAAGAUCCGGAAAGGAAGGUCGGAGACUCAGUUGAUUUCCGUCCGUCUGUUCUCCCGUCCGUCCGUCUCAAGAAACGCGAACUAGUUCCUAAAUUUUUGAGAAUUGGAACUGAAAUUUUUAUUGAAAUUAUCAAGUUGUUGUUGUAAUGGGUAUCUGAUCCCCGUUAAGAUGGUACGCAUUAGAUAAGUUGUCAACGACGUCAUACAACGGUGGGCUCAGGAAACACGCUGUUUCGACGGGGUCGGAUCUAUGGGAGAAAGGUGUCAAAUAUGUAAGGUUAAUAGGGCAUGCAAAGACGUGGCUAGUGUCCUGCGGAGACUCAAUGCACACUGGAGCUAUGUUUGAUCUGUCAAGGUCUAUUCUGGAUAAGUAAAAGCUAAAUCUGCUAUAGUAUCUAGAACGAGAGCUAGACCAUAUUGCUGCGGCGUGGUUAAGGACCAGCCGACCGAUUGCCUUGUAUGUUGGCAACAACGUUUCUUUGUCCUUUCCCCACGUGCUGCCGACUAGCGACUUGAAGAUUUUUUUUUGCGGCUCUGUACUUUGGCCGUAAUAGCGGUCGUUUGAGGAGUGAAUGCGCACAGACGGUCAAAAAUCAGUCGGAAUCUUAACAGCAUCGACUGCAAUAUUAAUGAAUAUGAUCGCUGUGGAUUCAGUGGGUGAGAGUGUUAAAUUCCGUGCAGCGAAGAAGCGAGAAAGGUCGAAGAGCCGUUUACGUUUGAGCACAUGCCAUCGAUUCUAUUGCCUGACGUCACUAUCGUACAAACAUCAGCGUACGUGGUGGUAGAAAUUCUCUCUGAUGGAUGCGAGAGUUUCGAGAUGUAGAAGUUAAACAGCUAAGGGAAGUGGACACCACCCUGCGGAAACCCUUGUUUAAUUCUUCUCAACUUGGAGUUUUUAUCUCGAAAUAGUACGAGUGAUUGACUACCGCACAGGUAGUUCACGGUCCACCUCUUCAGUCCUGGAGUGUGCGUAGUAUUUUCCGGGUCCUACAGUAGCGUUGUGUGUCUAACUGUUUCAAAGGCUUUUGAUAAAUGCAACGUUACGAAGAUCGUUCUCUCACAGGAUGUCUUCUGGUUAAGGCGACGAACUAUCUAUGCGUCUAUAACGCUAAGUGCUG